UAGCAUGAGGAGUCAAUGGACCUAUAAAAGCUGUGACAGCAGGACGCAAGUUUUGUGUAUUGUGGGUUUAGUGUGCUAAUGGUGUUAGUUUAGUGCUUACCUUCAGGAACAGCAGCUUUUUGGUCCCCUAAGGCUUUUCUUAUGAUUUUAUUUGCUGGUUUUUAUUUCUAUUGCAAACGCGUCAAAGCUUCCAGAUUGAAUCCAUCUCUGCCCAAAAGCUGCCAUGUCUGCAGGGCUACAGAUGCUUGGUACCACACUGGGGGUGCUGGGCUGGCUGGGAACCAUCUUGGCCUGCGCUCUCCCACUAUGGCGCGUGACUGCUUUCAUCGGCAACAACAUUGUGACGGCACAGGUCGUCUGGGAGGGUUUGUGGAUGACCUGUGUGGUGCAGAGCACUGGCCAAAUGCAGUGCAAGGUUUAUGACUCUAUGCUGGCUCUGUCUUCAGACCUUCAAGCCUCUCGGGCCAUUCUCGUCAUCGCUCCAUUGGUCGCCCUGGUGGCCAUACUUGCUAGCAUAGCUGGAGGCAAGUGCACAAACUGCUUGGACCAAAGCACUGCCAAGGCCAGGGUGGCUACAGCAGCUGGGGUUUUCUUUCUCAUCGCAGGGCUUCUGAGUCUCGUGCCGCCCAGCUGGAUGGCAAACGCAGUGAUCAGAGACUUCUACAAUCCGUUGGUGGCCCAGUCACAAAAGAGGGAGCUGGGGGCAUCCAUCUUUAUCUGUUGGGGGGCUGCUGUGCUCAUGGUGAUUGGCGGAGGGCUUCUGUGCACCUCUUGGCCCAGCAGUAGAGGAAAGCAAAUGGGCCACUACAAACCAGCAUCUCAAACCAGUAGAGAGCGUGCUGCUUAUGUCUGAGAUUAUGCUCAUCGCUGAUCUGUCAUGUCUUUUUAAAUAAGUGUAUGAUUUUUAUUUCUGUAAAUAAAACUGUUUUAUCUUGUU